CUUUUGUAACCCAAUGUAUCACACCAGAAUUAAUCCGUGAAACCCUUCCUAUGUCGCCGCCCAUCCCUUCGCGACUUUGCCUCUGCCCAAAACCCUCUGCACACCACCGCCCAGUGCGACUUCGACUUCUUCUUCCUCUCUGCCCUUCGCCUCCUUCGUCGCCGACGCUGAGGCAACCUUCACACUACCCUCGAAGAUGAGAACGAGAAGGAGGUGCCAAAGAAUGGGGAGGAUUUCGAUUCUGACCGAGUCGUGGCGGAGAAGGCAGCCGACGUGAUCGGGGUUAAAUUAGGGUUCCAUGGGAAGGGACAGGGAGAGGGAUCGGGCAUUUGAAUUCACUGUUCUCCGGUUCCUUCCUCAAUGCCAUCGGCCAGUCAGACGCGAUCGCCGAGGUGGGCCAGAUCUACUCCCGCAGCCUCCUAUCUCAGCUCAUCGCCUUCGCCCUUUAUUACCCAAUGCAAUGAUUCCUAUAGGUCCAGAACAUCAUCAGCCCCAUGGUCGUCAUUGUCGUCGCCAUCCUCCUCUUCCAUAUCCUCAUCUCCUGGCUCAUCGUCUUUGUCCUUGACUUCGGACUCCUCGGUGCCUCCAUCACUCUCAGCAUCUCUUGGUGGGCGCUCAUCCUCUCCACCUGGCUCUACAUCAUCCUCAGCCCUUCCUGCAGGGCCACCUGGACCGACCUCUGUCAAGGGCUUCACCGGCAUCUGACUCUUUUUCAAACUUACUGUUUCAUCAACCGCCAUGCUGUUGGUGCGGUUAGCACUAACGAUCUAACCCAGGAAAAGUCCAGACAGGUCGACGGGCUGACUUGAUGUCUGGCACGAAGCCCAGCUAG